AGUUUGUUGAAAAUCUAUGCGUCGGCCGCUUGAUUGAACGCCAAUAGGAUUUUAACAUGGCAAAAUAUAAACGCUCGGUGUCAAGAACAACAUCAAAAAAUAGUUUGCAAUCGACAUUAAAAUUCGAGGUAAUGAGAGUUUAGGAUUUCUAAUACCACUUUAUAAAAAUAUGAGAAUCUCUUUCAUCUGAUUUUAAUCAGCUUUAAUCCCUUAUUGGUAUUAUCUUGAAGAAUUAUAAUUAAUACCGAAGUACGUACAAGUUUAUGCUCUUGAUAUCAAUAUUGAUCGAUUAUAAAUCCAAUCAAUGCGAUUUAUUUAUAUUCGAUCCUUUAUUGUUAAAUGGUUGCCAGAAAUUUAUAAGAAAAACAACACAGAAUGAACAGAAGAAAAUCUGUGACCUUUAUUAAAAAGAAAAAAACAUCAGUUGUAAGGAAAAGAUGCAUAUUAUUUCUUUAAAAAUAAGAUAAAGAGAACUUUCAUCAAGGAUAUUUUAUCAUUGUAAGAUAUAUUUAUAUAUUUUAAUAUAGAACGAAGAGUGGUCUUUAAUGCAAAGCCCUGAACUUGGUACUUUUUGGGUAAAUAGAACUACUGGAGAGAAACAAGAAGACGUACCGGAUCACGUUAUUCGAGCCAUAAAGUCAAUUGACGAAAAGGACAAUGAAUUAGAUUUAGUUAAGAAUGAAAAUGAACGCCUUCGAUUAGACUUGAAAGAGAAAAAAUCCUGUAUUGAGUUAUUAGAAACCAGUGAAAGACAAUUACGUUUGGAAUUGGAUGAGUUAUUAACUAAAUUGAAUAGAGCCGAGAGUAACAAUGAUAAAUUACGCACGGAUAACAAGAAAAAAACUGAAUCUACUGAUAAAAUGGAGUUUGAGUAUAAAAAAAUGGAGGAUAAAGUUAUAAAACUUGAAGCAAAAGGCAUGAAAUAUUCCUUAUUCAUUGACUUAAUAUAUAUUUCUUUGAUAUUUAGAAAUGGUAUAAGGUUUAAUGAGGCUAAUCUUCGAUUAAAGAAUCAAGAUUACAAAAUAUUAGACUUAAAAGCUCAGGUAAGAGAGGAGUUGUUUAGAAAUGAUAAAAUUGAUCAAAAACUGGCAAGAAUUCCUAUUCUUGAAGACGAAAUCCAAGAAAAGAAUAAUGAAAUAGAAAGACUAAAAAAUGAGUCUAAAAAUAAGGACUUGUUGUUGCAGCAUUCUCGUUUGUCAAAUAGAGAAUAUAGGGAAAAUGUUAAGAGAUUAGAAAAUAAUCUUAAUGAGCAGAAUAGUCAGCAGGAAGAGUUAGAAAGAGCAAAACUUGAAAUUAACACUUUACGUCGACUUUUAGCCGGAAAGGAUUCUUUAUUACGGAAAAUGAACGGGCAAGCUGAAAGGUCGUUACUGAAAGAAAUAGACGAAAACGCAGAGCCCAGACCCUCAACCAACCAAAAUACUUAUAUCGAGACCAGCGUAUCUGAUAGAAAAUCAGAAAGUCUUUUAGAAACUCUAUUGUCAGACGAAAAUAAAAAAGAUGCACGAUGCUCAAGACCUAAAACUGCCAGUGAUAGUAAAUUGGAUACGGCUAAACUCAAGAAAAUACGUAUUAAAUCAGCUCCGCAUAGGGCAAAUGCUCAAAGAAUAUCUCUUCCAAACUCACCGUAUGAGCAGUUAGGUUUACUAAACUCUCCACCUGGUUCUAGACCUAAUCCUGCUCGAUCACCGCCACUAUCCUCUCGAUUGAUUCGAGCAGAUAAAGAGCGUUUGAAAUUUUUCACAAUCGGAGAUAAAGUUACAGCCAAUAUCAGAGGUAAACCAGUAAUAAAAGAAGCCUGUGUAGCUUUCAUAGGAUAUGUUGAGCCCAAAAAUUAUCGAACUCACAUAGGAAUAGUCCUCUCCGAACCAGGUAAAUUGUGUUUUGUUAUUUAUCAUAUUUAUAAGCAUACGAAUUUUAAUCCAUGA